AUGGUUUUAUAUCAAUCAACAAGUCGAAUUAUUAUGAUUCGACCAGCUUGCUUUUGUUUCAAUACAGAAACAGCUGUAUCGAAUUCAUUUCAAAAUGAACAAUAUGCUGAUUUAUCGUUAGAAAAUCAAAUUCAACAAAAGGCAUUAUUAGAAUUUGAUCUUAUGGUUGAACAACUUCGUUCACAUGGUAUUCAUGUUGAUGUAUUUAAUGAUACACUAUCACCAGUCAAGCCGGACGCUAUUUUUCCAAAUAAUUGGUUUUCAACACAUCCUGAUGGAACGAUUAUUCUCUAUCCAAUGCUUGCAAAAAAUCGUCGUCUUGAACGUCGAAUAGAUCUUAUUGAAAAAUUAUCUCAUACAUAUCAAACAACAGCUAUUAUUGAUUUAAGUGUAUAUGAACAACGAAAUCAAUAUCUUGAAGGUACUGGUUCAUUAGUACUUGAUCGUGCAAAUAAAAUUGUUUAUGCUAUACGAUCACCACGUACAAAUGAAAUAGUUAUUGAAAAUUUUAUUAAAUUAAUGAAUUAUGAAAAACCAGCUAUUGUAUUUGAUAGUGUUGAUAAGAAUGGAAAAGCAAUUUAUCAUACAAAUGUUAUUAUGGCAAUUGGUACAUACGUAGUAAUUAUAUGUUUAGAAUCAAUACAUGAUAAAGAACAACGAGAUAAUGUUGUAAAAUCACUUGAAGAAAAUGGUAAACGAAAAAUUAUUGAUAUUACAUAUGAACAAAUGAAUCAAUUUGCUGGUAAUAUGCUUGAAAUACGAAAUAAACAAGGAGAAUAUUUAUUAGUUAUGUCUAAAACAGCUUAUAAUUCUUUAACUAAUCAACAACGAAAUAUAAUUGAAGAAACUAAUACUAAACUAGUUUAUUUUGAUAUAUCAACUAUUGAACAAUGUGGUGGUGGAAGUGUUCGAUGUAUGAUUGCAGAAAAUUUUUUACCACAGAAUGUUUAA